GGGAAAGCGAAAGAGCAUUGUGAAAGCUCUUCUAGUUCCCCUUCAGUCACCACGAAAUUCGAUCGUUCAAAUCCGACAUCAUGUCACAAGAUAUUCAGGCAGCAGGGAAGAGAAAGCGUGCGAGGACUCAGUCUUGCCCGCCCCCGGAAUUACCUCAACUCGUCGCCGAGCAACAUGUUCCUAUUGCCGCCAACGACAAGGAAACCCAACGCCUAAUUGUUGUUCUCUCCCAUGCUAGUCUGGAGACCUAUCGUGCCUCCCACGGUGGACGCAAUGGCGCCGGUCGUGAUGAGAAAUACUCCUUGCUGAACAGCGAUGAGCAUAUCGGUGUGAUGCGCAAGAUGAACAGAGACAUCAGUGAAGCUCGACCAGAUAUCACUCAUCAGUGUCUUCUCACGUUGCUCGACUCCCCUGUCAACAAGGCCGGCAAACUCCAAAUUUUCAUCCACACGGCCAAAGGCGUUCUGAUCGAAGUGAACCCAAGUGUUCGAAUUCCGCGUACGUUCAAGCGUUUCGCUGGUCUCAUGGUCCAGCUCCUGCACCGACUCUCGAUCCGCUCCACCAAUUCCCAGGAGAAGUUGCUCAAGGUGAUCAAGAACCCCAUCACCGAUCAUCUGCCCCCGAAUUGCCGCAAGGUGACCCUCAGUUAUGAGGCUCCCGUGGUGCGGACCAGAGAUUACAUUGAGUCGCUAGGCCCUAAGGAGAGCGUGUGUAUCUUCGUCGGGGCCAUGGCCAAAGGUCACGAUGACUUUGCCGAUUCAUUCAAGGACGACACAAUCAGUAUCAGCAACUACAGUUUGAGCGCUAGCGUGGCGUGCAGCAAGUUCUGCCAUGCGGCCGAGGAAGUGUGGGAUAUUGUAUGAUUCGCACGUCUCGGAUACAAUAUUCCUUCGAUAGGAACGGCCAAAGCUUGACGAGGUAACGAAUUUCCUUGCGACUAUCCACCCAAUUUGAGAUGCCAGGAGUGCAGCAAACACCAACUUUGGAAGGACGUGUGUGCCACAUCCUAUUUACCGUUCUGGGCUCACUACCUACAGUCUCCUAUUGUUUUUUGGUAUCUUUCGCGUUUCC